AUGGCCAGCCCAUCCGAUGAAGUAGGAAUGGAUAUUGCUGAUAUGAGACUGAAUCCUCCAGCCAGAAGUAUUCCUGCACUGCGAAUCGAUCCAACCCUAGACUCCACAACUUCCAUUCAUGAGGUGGUCAGAAAUCCAUGGGGCAGAGUGACGGGCUGGACAGAAAUCGUUCCGUCGCCGGUUGUAAAAGCACAAUCUGAUGUCAGUAUGACUAGGAAUCAAAUGCAAGCAGGUAAUAAUAUGAGGGUAACUGAACAUCUCCGUUUUCAGAUCGAAUUUGUUACGGUUCCUCGUUCCCAUGUGGAGAGACGAUUGAAUGACCUCGUGCACAAUCGUUCAAACAGUGUGGUUGAGACAGCCAGUCUUUGGGCGUCUGGAGCUCUUGACAAUGUGUCCCGGGUAUAUAACAGUCUAUCUGGCGUCAUUUGUUUUCCCCAUCCUGAAGACGCAAACAGCCUUACUCCCGAGACAGGCAUAUUUCCUCAUGACGCAGAAAGUCAACCUGACCAAACCGUCGACGACGAACAUCAGACCGACACACAUCUUACUAUUAGAUGGCCCUUUUACCGGGCACCACGACAGCGCUCCGUUAGUCCCGCACUCAGCUCAGUCAUCAUUCAUGAUUUUGGGGAUGAUCAUGAGUUUGGGGAUGAACCAACAACUCUCACCCCUGCUACGUUUGAAGAAUUGAAUAACAUACGUCAUUCCACAGUAGAGCAGAGAGACCUAGCGGAUUCAGUUUUGGGUUUUUACACUCCUCUUUCUUCCUCUGAGGUGACAUGGCCCAGUCCAGCUGCAACAGUCCGAUCCUCCUUACCUGAUGCACCCCGGGUCAAUAAUGAUGCCCGAUAA